AGUUACAAUCUUCCAGAUUUUGAUGGUGUCCAUUUCUGACAUGUGCAGCAGCUAAUCAAAUGACCAAUACAGAACCUUUAUUCCAAAAACACAUUGAAGCAACUGUCAGAUAUUUAAGUUUAGUAGGCAUUUAAGAUUCCUUAGAUUUGUAGUUUUUAGCCAUUUUAUAAAUUAAUAAGUUAUAUAACUUUAACCAAAAUCAGCUAAGUAAAUAAAUAAUUAAAAAAAUAUAAGCUUGAUACAUCAGAAGUUUUGCUCUAUUAGGGCACUGGAACAUUAUUCAAAAAUAAUAGAACAAUGUGAUGAAUUGAGUCCCAGGAAUCUGAAAUUAGUUAAGAAUAUUCUAUCAUUGUUUCCCAAUGCUAAACUUUACAGCACUCUAGUAUGAGCCAUGGGUAAAUUUAAAUGCAGAUAUAAGAUAAAUGCCAUAAUUGGAGUUCUUACCACAGUAGGUAUUUAAUGAAUUGAUCCAUGCAGAUAGUCAAGCUCCAGAAUGUUAUUUCUAUACCUAAGCUCUAUCUUCUGCACUUCUCAACUAUUCUAGAGGUGCAGCACUGGAUUUCAAGUGUUGCUCUAUAGGCCUUACUUUUUUUUUAACCCCAAGAAAUUUGUUCUAGUCCAGGGAAAGCUUCUUUUUUUUUUUAAUUUGGGUCACUAAGAACACAAAUUUACAUUUGUCUACCCAGGCUAAAACUUUCAGAGGUUAAAGUACUCAUGGAAGAGUCAGUAAAAUACCUUUAAACUUUAACUGGAAAGUACUGCGUUUCCUGAAAUAAUGCAGGAAGGAAAAGAUUUACUCACAUUGCAAAGAUGUAGGAUCUCCACCAUUAGAUUAUGUGAUUGAUGAGGGAGGGGUCUUUACUGUUAAUAUUCUCAGCACUUAGGAAAGUGCUAACAGUAAGCUCUCAGUGAAUAUGCAGAAUUAUGGUUGAGUAUCAGGAACUAAUAGUUGCAACAAAUUUUUAAAAAAUUACUUAUAUCUAAAUAGGGAUUAAUUUUGGGCAGCAAAUUCAAUUAUUUUAGGUUUCUAUGUGACAGAAUGUUUUUUUUUUGGCCUGUGGUUAAUAUUAGUUCUGUAAUUCCACUAUUACCAGACAGGAUUCUGGAACUCCUGGUGAUCAUUAUCACUACCAGUAUCUUUUUGGAAAACUGUUUCUGCCCUGGAAAAUGAGGGAAAUGUUUUCUAGGAGUGCUGAAAUUGUUUCUAUGCCUACUAUGUAAUGGUUUCUCAAUAUCUGGUGAAUAAGUGAUUCCAUAUUGUACUGAUGACCUCACAUUUAGCUAAUGAAAGACUGAAAGAUAUUACUCAGAGCUUUUAUUUCUAAUUAGCAAAAAUUUCUGACAACUAUUUUAGUAAACACUUUCAAACAGAAAUUUUACUCAAAUAUGAAACAUUUUCACAUAUCUCAUUUAAUCGCAGCAAGUCCCUAAUUCUCAGACACUAUAACUUUUGCUAGUCAUGCAUCAUCACUAUCUCCAACUUUUUAUGACUCCAAAAAAUAAGUAAUAACUUAAUAGCUCAGCCAAAUGAUUUUAUUUCGUACAUCUGACUGGAAAUCAAUACAUAUUAACUGAAUUAAAUUGCUCAUAUCCAACAAUUUUGACCUUCAAAAAUAGGAAUUUUAAUGGCACAAAAUAGUGUUUAGUACUAAAUAGUUUUAGAAAUAAUGCCAAUAAGAGUUUCACAGCUUCCUAAUUUUUAUUUUUAUCAUCUCCUGCCUGUUAGGGGUGUGGUGGGUACUCUUCCAAAAUUUCUCAACCUUGUGUGGCAGAUAUUUUUCUUGUCUCUCUUACAUAGCAAAUUGCAAUUUGCAGUUGAAACAAAAUUGCUACUUUUGUAUUGCUAAUUAUUUUUGUUUUGGCUUCUCAGCAGGGCAAGGGUCGCCCCAGUUUGCCCUAACAGGAUAGGACGAGUAAUUAAACGUUUUAUAAAGAAUAUACUAGAAGUUUCUUGAUGUUCCGUGAUUAUUUAGGUCAACUCAACAUUCAUAACAUUUAAUAGGGAACUGGUUAAAAAUACAGGGUUCUGGACCCUAACCCCAGGGAUUUUGAUUCAACAGGUUGGGGUGGGGCUCAUGAAUUUUACUAACAAAUAAAUUAGGUUGGGUACUACACUUUAAGAACCUUUGAACUGGGUAGAGACUUACUUGUAAUAAAUUUCUUUUUGGAGGUGGGUCUUUGAAUAAAUAAAACUUAAAUUCAUGAGGUAUGAGAUAAAUUUCCUUAAAUCAAAAGUACUUUCUGGCUAAGUUAUCACACUAGCUCGACUAUAACUGUAAACUGGAUCUGCUCUGACACAGUUGCUACAGCCUACAAGCCCAGGAUAAGUAACUGCGAGGAAUUUAUUCGCCGGCCCCUUUAGUCCCAGUGUUUCGGCCUCUCAGCAGGGCAAGGGUCGCCCCAGUUUGCCCUUGGAGCUCCGGGGAGGGCUCGCGUCACCUGCGUUAUCUACGGCAAGGCGUCCAGCGGGACAAACUGCGAGGAGGCUCUAGAUAGGGAAGCGAGCGGGCCCCAAUCUAGGAGACCGAACGGAACCGCAGAGGCGGCCCGCCCAGCCCUCGCCAGGCCUCUCGCCGGGCUCCGUGUGCGACGUCAGGGCGCCCAGCGGGCGAGAGCGCGCCCCCGAGGCUGCCGCGGCAGGUUCCGACCCGCGGAGGACCUCGCGGCCGGCCCGGGCCUGUCCCGCCGCCCCUCAGAGGGCCCUGCGGCCGGAGGACCGACCCACGCCGCGUCUGCCCGCCAGGAGAGGCAGCGCGGCCGCGCCCUCAUCUCGGCCGGUCGGGUCCUCUCGCUUCGAAGAUGUCCGCCAAGGCCGACGUCGGUUUGGUGCGCGAGGCUUCGAGGCAGAUCGCGGCCGGUGGUUCUGCUGGUCUGGUAGAAAUUUGCCUGAUGCACCCCCUCGAUGUGGUGAAAACCAGGUUCCAGAUUCAGAGAAAUGCAACUGAUCCAAACAGUUAUAAGAGCUUAGGAGACAGCUUUCGCACGAUUUUCCGAACAGAGGGGUUGUUUGGCUUCUACAAGGGAAUUCUGCCACCCAUCUUAGCAGAAACCCCCAAAAGAGCAGUAAAGUUUUUCACCUUUGAACAGUACAAGAAAUUGCUAGGAUAUGUGUCACUGUCACCAGGAUUGACAUUUGCCAUUGCUGGAUUGGGAUCUGGACUAACAGAAGCCAUCGUGGUUAACCCUUUUGAGGUGGUAAAAGUUGGUUUGCAAGCCAAUCGGAACGCAUUCAUAGAGCAGCCAUCCACUUUGACUUAUGCAAGAGAAAUCAUUAAGAAGGAGGGUUUGGGACUGCAAGGCCUCAACAAAGGACUUACAGCAACUUUGGGACGUCAUGGAGUUUUCAACAUGGUGUACUUCGGCUUUUACUUCAAUGUCAAAAACAUUAUUCCCGUCAAUAAGGAUCCAACCUUAGAGUUCUUGAGAAAAUUUGGGAUUGGUCUUCUCUCGGGGACAAUAGCCUCAGUCAUUAAUAUCCCUUUUGAUGUUGCCAAAAGUCGGAUUCAAGGGCCUCAGCCAGUUCCUGGAGAGAUCAAGUACAGAACCUGUUUUAAAACAAUGGCAACAGUCUACCAGGAAGAAGGGAUUUUUGCUUUAUACAAAGGCCUGAUUCCCAAGAUUAUGAGACUCGGACCAGGAGGUGCAGUGAUGCUGCUGGUUUAUGAAUACACCUAUUCAUGGCUGCAGGAGAACUGGUGAUCACUGAAGGAAUGUUUUCCCUGGAGAUAAUGGAUAUUUGCUCUGUAACACCAUGAAGAGGAGACACUAUUGAUUAGCUAAGCUAGGCAUACAGUUAGGGAGGGGAAAAGAGCUUGGUCAAGAACAGCUUCCUACUUCAGAUUUUAUCUUUAGACAAUCUGAAAUGGUAGUUUGAGAUAUAUAAAUGAUAGAGAAAUACAGAGAUGAUAAAUGAUAGAUGAUAAAGGAACUAUGAACCAAUAACAUAUAUAAAUUGAAUAUUAAAAUAUCGUAGAAAUCAGAUUUCAUAAGAGCAAUAUAAAAUUUGUGAAAAAUAAUAGGAAGCAAUGAGGUAUUUAAGUAAAAUAUUAAGAUAGUGUAUCAACUCCACCCAUGGAAUGUAAACAUUAUGAACUGCAAACAUCUACAAAAAGGAAAGGGAUCAAGAGAUGGGUAGAGGGGGAACGGAUGGAAGGGAGAAGAGAUGGAAAAAGGAAUUAAGAUGUGUUUUGUACAUGUACCAACUUGAACUAAAGCAAUAAAAAUUAAUCAAUAAAAAAGCAGUGUAAGCUCUGUUUUACACUGCCUCACAACACAAAUUCAUUGUAGUGAUAAUUUUUUAAAUAAAAGACCUACAGAUGCUUAAAAUUCUUGAGAA